UGUGAUCUUGCAGGUUUCGUCUCUCCCACCCAAGCACAACUCAGUCCAUACAUGUACCUACUCUGCACCUCUGCACCGUCCAUCCAGCCUGCCUGCCCUCUGACACUCCAUGCUAUACUCUCUUUUGGGCCACCUCCAUCCCGUACCUCUGUUUCUGAAUCCGGAUCUUCUGUAGUCUUUUCCCCGUAGGGACUGAACCUUGGCUGUGCAGUUGUACUCUUCGGUACUACUCUAGUCCCGCUUCUGUCCUGCUGAACAAAGCUGCUGGGGUUCCCUCGACAGGCGGCCUUGCUGCGACCACGGGGUAGCCAUCGACUUGGAGCUCCAUACACACCUUGGGGGGCCCUGGCAGUCCAAGGGGCAGCAUCGAGGUCGAUCAACCCCACCAGCACAUCAUUAAGCACGCCCUCGCUCUCUCCGUCCAUAUAUCACUCCGUGUCCAGGCCCUUGACGCAUGGUCGCUAAAUAUCUCGCCUGCUUGUCGUCUCUUUACUCUUCUCCGGCGAUCUUCCAUCAAUACCACCUCAUAUCGUGGGGAUCUCCUUGGAUCACUUUCGCGUAGCUGCCCUUCUCUUGGUCAUUCUUUUUGGUUCAUUUCUUUCCUUUGGCUUCUAACGCCUGCCCGAUCACUACCGCAUCAUCGCCUACCUCGCAAACAUCUUUACUAUAACCCCCCGCGUCACACGACUGCCACUGGAGUGCACACCAGAGCACUCGUCGACCGUUAGCCGCCGUCUUCUCCUGGAAAAGUUGAAGAAGAAAAAAAACCAACAACAGUGGCCUUGCCGCUGCACCUCAGGAUCAACUCGGCCUUUGGCGAGUUUUUCUUUGGCGUCAACGCUUGCAUUAGAACCGGGAGCUUGGAUGUGGGAACUCGUUCUUGAUACACGACCUUCACCUACUAUAUAUUCGCAGUUAUAUUCGGUGGCGUUGAGAUAUCUCUUGAGCCCAAGAGACUGCUUUCGUGGUUCGUCGACUGAGACUGUUGGGACCUUUUCCUUAUCGUUACGCACAGCGUCACUAGUUCCCAAUGCUCGUUUCCAGGCAAUGCGAGUCUGAGCAGAACCAGUGGCCUUUUGGAAAGCCUGCUCCUAGUACACGGAUGUCGACCCACUACGAACCCCCGUUGUCGACGCAGCCGGACUGGCCCGGAUCUUACCCCUCGUUUCUCCCACCUGGAGACAACAUCUUUGGACAAAGCUAUGAACAUGUCUCCAGUUCGACCGACAAUGCACAACAAUCAGCUUCCCAGCCGCGAUCGACGGUGACGGAGAACAAUGCAGUGGGGGCGAGCGACAAGUCACCGAUCAACAGCAAUUUGCCGGGUCUUGGGGAUCGGCGAAGCUUCGAUCCUUUGGGAUUGAGGCAGAAGCAGCCGUCGCCGAUUCAGGAGCAGCCUGAGGAAAAGGGGGAUAUGUAUGCUCACAAAUCUUCGCAAUCAAACCAACAGGAACAUCGAGGUGCAUCGGGUGAGCACCACGGUUUAAGGCUCAACACGGACUCGUUGAUGUCUGCGCCGGCUGGAGGACAAGGGCAGGACCUUUUGACUACUAGACUUGGCGCAAAUGAGGGCCACGGGGUCAAGGAAGAGGAGGAUGACGGGCUAGACGACGAGGAUAUGUUGGAUGAAGGAGACGAGGACGGCGGGGACGGCUCUUCACAGCCUCAGACAGCCGCGGAGAGGACUGCACAAAGGAGGAAGAUGAAGCGCUUCAGGCUCACGCACCAGCAAACCCGGUUUCUUAUGAGCGAGUUUGCAAAACAGCCUCAUCCAGAUGCAGCACAUAGGGAAAGACUUUCCAGGGAAAUUCCUGGUCUUAGCCCGAGGCAGGUCCAGGUCUGGUUUCAAAACAGGCGAGCAAAGAUUAAGCGGCUUACAGCGGACGAUCGAGAUCGCAUGAUCAAAAUGAGAGCCGUUCCGGAUGACUUUGACAACGUGCAGGCCUUGCAUUCCCCAUACGGAGCUGUGCAUACUCUGGGCACACCCAUCAGCUCACCGGUGGACUUCUCCGGGUCCUCUUACGCCGAGCACAUGAUGCGGCCCCUGAUGGUGGAUGUUCGAAGGGGCGAUGCUGAAGACCACCUGUCUCCCACGGGCCUCAGUCCGGCCUUUGGCAGCAUCGGGUUCAACGCAUCAGCCAAUAUGGGCAAUUCUGACAUGCUGUCGCCCAUCUCUUCUGCUACUGGUGAACGCUAUGGCUACCCAGGGCAUCUCUCGUCGCCAUUGAGUGCAGCACCGCGGACCUCCAACCCCUUCAACAGGCAAGAUGCAGGCAUGCAGAUGCAUAACCAUCACCAGCGCCAAGGGAUCAGAUCACUCCAACCACUGCAGCUACGCGAGACCAUGUCACGGUCGAGGUCAGACUCGCUCCAGUCGCCACUGAGGUCGAGCAUGUCUUGGAAAGGAGAUUCAAUUGACUACUCCACUUACCACGGGCCACAAAGCCCUCACCUCCCUGGACGUCACCCGUCAAUAUAUCAGAGUAGCAGUGAUAGCAUUGGCACGCCCUCUACGAUGGCUGGCUACGAUUCGAGCACCUAUACUGGCUCCACUGUCCACUCGCCCACGCACAUGACGUAUCCGACCUUCCAGUCAAGCAGCAUCCAAAACAGCACCCAAAACCGUACCAACAGGAUACGGUCCGUAUCCGCUGCAGCGACAAUGCAGCCACUGAGCCUGGACCUGAGGUCAAGCCCAUACCGGCCGCCUGGUCAGGGUCUGGCGGCUCAAUCACCAACGGCGCAGACGCGGACGGCAUCAACCUCGCACAUUGGCGGCACGUCCUCAAGCUACUCUGCAAGCUUCCCAUCAGCACCCUUGACGGCGCCCGUCGACUUUAGCCUGCCUCGGACGUCCAGCUACCGCUCACAGACGGAGUACUCUGUCCCGCAGAUGAGCGCACCAAUUGCACCGCCCAACGACUUCUCCCAGGCCUUCCAGAGCAUUGGCGGAGGUGCCGGCAGGACCCCGAUACGUGACGGAAGCUCAGGCACCACGCUGCAUCCCAUCGGUGGCGGAGCGGGCAGCCAGGCAGUCGGUUCAGUGUGUUCACCGCCUAACAGGUCGCCCGACUACACCACGUCUUCGGAUGCCGCGCUCAAGAGGAAACAGAGCUUUGGGGGUGGAGCGGGGGCGGCAACCUCGGGUUCUGCGCCUUAUGGGACUGCGCACUGAGGCCGUCGGAUCUUGAGAUGAUUUGCCUCGUUGACCCUGUUCCAAAAGGAAAAAUUCCCCGAAGCCUUUCUCCGACCACUGAGGGUUCGUCCCAAACAUGGGACGUAAGCCUUAGCAUACUCGAAUCAUGUCACUUGCAUGUCUUGAUCAUCAGCAUUUCUGGAUCCAUUGAUCACUUUCCCGGUUCGAGCUUUUGCGCAUUAUUGACCGGAGCCCUUCUGCUGUAUGGAUUUUUUUUUUCCCUCGAAGGUUUUUUUUAACUGCUUCUCUUGUACAAAUUCUUUCUUUUCUCUCUUCUAUUUUUACUUUCUACAUCUUUUUAUUCGUUUGUGGCGGAAAAAAAAACUUGGAAAAUGACUGGACGAUUGUCUUGCGCUUUUUUGCUUUACUCUUAGCUUUAUUCUUUCCCAUUUUUAUGAGAGAUACCAAUUCUUUUCUUUUUUUAUUCUUGUUUCUUCUACGUCGUAUGAUGCAGAGGUGAAAAAAAAGGAAAGCGCACUCUUUUUGUUGGACUAGCCUAUCUCAUCCUUUUUACUUGUCUUUUCUCUAUUUUCUUUGUCAUAGUUUUCCUAUGUACUUUUAGUGCGGCUCGAUUUCUGUUUGUUUGGUUUUGUCUUUUUCAGUGUUUUGGAAGCUUUUGCAUACGCGGUUUGUAUCUUUUUGCCCGCGCGGAGUGUGAUGCUGUUUUGUUUACUCUGUGAAGGGUUUCGGACGAGGGGUAGAAAUUUUCUUUUGGUGCUUGGACAGGUACGCAUGGAAACACUCAUUGGGGCGGCUUUUGGAAACGGAUUGGAAAGGUGGUGGUUUGGGGAAGACAGCAAAGCAUCUCCUGAUGCUACGCGCAUUCCUAGAUAGGUACCUAGCUUACACCUCUUUUUUUUCUCCCAACUUUACGUUUGCUCAUUUAGUAUGCAAGCGUGAAGAUUUUAAUUGUAUAUAUUAGACAGAUCAGAACGACAUGAUUUCGGGAGAAGGCACGAUUUUGCUUUGUUUUAUACUUGUGCUCUCGAACAUUUUGUCUCUUCUCUUCUUCUACAAAAGACUUGGGCAUUUAGUAUAUAGACCAAGACUCUAGGCUGCAUAAAAAAAAUUUCACA